AAGCAAUAAUUUCUCCUUCUCUCUGGCUGCAUUCUUGCAGCCAUUGAGAACUACUAUGUGAGCUGUGAUUGGUCACAGCUUGUCACAUGGCCUCCCUCUUUGAUGGGUGUUUGUUCCAUUAAGGAUGCAGAUGGAUCAAGGGUACACGCGCAGCACCGCGAUCUGGUGCCCGCUGUGUCCUCCGGACACAGUGAAACACCGAUCAUGUGAUCACUGAUUGGCCAAUCAGUGAUCACAUGCAAAGUAGUAAGCAAGAUGUCACUU